AUGGAGAACUCGGAUGUUCUCACCGAUGUGGAGGUCAAUAAGGAUCCUCAAAAUUUGGAUUUGAGUGAAGACCUCGAUGAUUCAUCGACUUCGUUUCAACUACUCUCGGCCGUUCCAAGCUUUGGUGGAGCCAACCUAGACUGGCCGCUGCCAUUUCCUUUCACCACCUGGGAGGAAGCUUUAGGACUAAACAAUUUGCUUGAAUCCCAGCAGUUUCCGGAGCCUGAUUGGGAAGCGUUUGAGGCUUCUAUUGCCCAUGCAAACAGUAACGAAGUACUUCCUCAGAAUACAGCUCCAUCUCAACCAGAUCCAAUACUCUCAUUGUACCAUCAAGCAGACUGGUAUGCGGCCAUGGCUUCUCCGAUCGAUUGGAACGCUCUUCUGCCUCCUCGGGCUCAUGACACUGCUGCAAAUGGGGAUACGGCACAGAUAUCUUGUCUACCUGGUGGACCCUCUAUCGAUGAUGUUCAAGCGGAGUGCCCCUCCUCUACCGAUAUUAAGGUUGUCGGUAGUGCUUCGCAAUUCUCCUUGCCAACCUCUUCCGAGGAGGGUAAUGAAUGCUACGAUGAUAUCUCUUCUGGGGCCACAGAAACGACAUCGUUGGUUCAAUUGGCAGUUCCUGCUUCCACCACUCGAUUGGCACGUCUUGCUCCCCCCACUAAUAACACUGAACAACUAUUAUCGCAGUUUCCACAGGCAAUUCGGUCCUCAGAUUCCCAUUCUCAGCCUCAUCGCUCUUCACGUUCUCACAAGUCGAAACCAUAUGCCAUCUCUACUGAGCGUUCCAAAUCCCCAGACUCAGAAGUGGAGGUGAUAGAUACAGUGGUGGUGCAAGCGAAAGACUUUGAGGAUCUGUGUGGGCUAUGGAACAUCAACCCGAAGGAUCUCAAGUUUUUGAUUGAACGUGAUCAUCCUUGCUACGAUCGCUACAAGAACUAUUGCGCCAUGCGUGAUUUUCUAGUACCACUAGGAUUUACGAAGGAUAAAACGUGGAAAGCUCUUACAAGAAUGGGAGUCUACUACGCCAAAUCCGAGACUCAUCACUCUGAGUCCCUUGCAGAUAUCCUAAACCGUUGUAAAUGGAAAGAUCGAACUUGGGAUGAUAAGCGCCAAUAUUAUAGCUGGGCGGAAGAAGCACCAAACUACGUAUGGAACGAUGUAUACCCUAGAUCGGAUAUUUUGGAGGGAACAGAAUACAUCAAAGAUGGUGCAAACCUCUAUAACCAUUUUGUCCGAAUUAAAUUUGCUUUCGACAAGCCUGGUUAUUUCAAUCUCAACCUCCGGCCAAGGAAAAGUGGGGGCGACUACUAUGAGACUCGAACGGCAGAGUUGGCGCAAGAGAGCAUUAAAAGGUACCGCAAAUCCAUCGAUCGUUACAUCAUCAAGAGCCCAGGCUUCAGUCUUGUUAUAUCAGGGACCCAUCACUGUGGUUCCAUCUUCCAGUGCCCAAGCUUUAGUCUCAUCGUAUCAGGAACCCAUCACCGUCCAUCUCCCAGCACCCAAGCUUUAGUCUCAUCGUAUCAGGAACCCAUCGCUGUGGUUCCAUCUACCAGCGCCCAAGCUUUAGUCUCAUCGUAUCAGGAACCCAUCGCUGUGGUUCCAUCUACCAGCGCCCAAGCUUUAGUCUCAUCGUAUCAGGAACCCAUAGGCCAACAUUAUUCAAGAACCCACAUAGAUAUGGAAUCAUUCUGA